UGAUGUCACUUAUAUCAACACAAAAGAAAUGGACACUGACCAAACACCCACCCAGUUUAUCAAAAGAUUUAAUAAAAAUGUCAACAUCAGCAUAUCUUCCGUACACAUUCCUGUUGAAAUCUAUGAUGGAGACAUAGAUAUUUUGAAUGGUCUCAACUGGUCUGCUGCUCUAGAUGAACAAUUUAUAGACAAUUUUAAUAGUGAUCCAGAGAUUCUAUGGCAAUAUUUUGGUUCACAAACUGGCUUUAUGCGCACUUUUCCAGCUGCCCAGUGGCCAUUGAAUGGAGUUGAUCUUUAUGAUGUCCGUCGACAGUCAUGGUACACUCAAGGUUCAAGUUCACCAAAGGAUAUGAUCAUUCUAAUUGACAGGAGUGGUAGUACACAUGGACAGUCCCUCCAGUUGAUGCAAAAUGCAGUCAAGUCAAUCCUGGACACCCUGGGAGAGAAUGAUUUUGUUAAUAUUAUAUCAUUUUCAGAAACCCCAGAUUUUGUUACUAAAUGUUUCAACCAGACUCGUUUAGUACAAGCCAAUUUUCGAAACAAAAAGCUACUAGCCAAAGGUGUCUCUGUUAUUGAUGCUUCUGGUCAAGCAGAUUUUAGUGAGGCCAUGAAGUUUGCACUUACAACUCUCAAGGAGUUUGCCAACUCCAGCUACUCUGAUGAUUUAAAUACCGGAGCCAAGUGUAAUAAAGUGAUCAUGUUGUUGACUGAUGGUGGCACAGAUACAGCUGAGGCUGUUUUCAAAGCUUUAAACUGGCCGGAAAAGGAGAUCCGUGUCUUCACCUACGCUGUAGGACCUACCCCAAACCCUAUUCAUGCAAUCAGAUGGAUGGCCUGCGCUAACAGAGGUUACUUUUCCCAGAUUCCAGCCAUGGGAGCCAUACGAUCAAGAGUACAGGACUAUGAAGAAGUUCUUUCCCGGCCCUUAGCACUAGGCCAAGCUGAGCAUAUCCAAUGGACAAGUAGUCAUGAGGACACCUUUUUUGACCCUGAAAAUCUCUCUGGGGAAUAUAUUCCAGUCCUGAGCCGGCCACAGGUCAUCCAGAACAAGAAAACAUUUGAAUGGGGCAACAUUUAUAUGGAUCAUAUGGGUCUUGGCAUGAUGACAACAGUAACAUUACCUGUUUACAACCGAAGUCUCAGUUCUACCAACCAAACCAUUCUCGGAGUUAUGGGGAUUGAUGUCACCACCAAAACAUUGUCUGAUAAGACUCCCAUUGAAAAGAUUGGUCCUAAUGGAUAUUCAUUUGCUAUAAACCCAAAUGGCUAUGUGGUAUUCCACCCUAAUUUACAAACUACAGGCAAAUAUACCAAAGAACCACCAAAUAUCGAUAUACUAGAGCUUGAAAUUGAUGAAGGAAACCAACAACUAGAACAGUUGAGAGAAGAUAUGAUAAAUAAUACAAGCAACUCUGCCAACAUUUCCACGCUCUUCCUCUCAGAAGAUCAGCGCUAUGUGACCCAUGGAGAAGCAACCUAUUCUUUUACUCCUAUAGUCAACACAACAUUUAGUAUUGCAAUUGUGAUCCCAACAUAUCAGAAAAAAUAUCCCUCUUUUACUACCACUUUCAAGAUGAUUGGCAACACGCUGACGAAAUGGAAUGAUGCCUUGCCACCCGAGUCAAAGGUUUUUAUUGCUCCUUGGGAUUACAUGCGAAACAAGACCAAACCACAAACAAUCAAUUUGACUGGAACUAUUGAUGACAUCAUCAAGUUACUGGAAACAUAUCCUAAUGAAAGUGAUUGGAACGUUGAAAAGCUCUAUCAUUUGUACUACGGCAUCAAGUUCAUUGACCCAAAAUCUGUUCCUGAUUUUAAAAAGUUAAAUAACACUGUUGGAGAUAUUUCUGAAACUAAUAAUACAGUAGCUAAAAAUCCCUUUUUUGUGAUGACGAAUGGAGGCUUGACAUUUGUAUAUCCAUCAAGUAAGGCAUCUUAUUUUGAAAAUAAUUGGGACCCCAGAAAUUCUUCCCUCUACAAGCGUGCUCUGUUCAGAUCCAAGUGUAUUUUUAUGGCUGAAUAUACAAAUGGUGAAAGAUCCAAUUCAUCUUCCCACCCUUAUGUGGUGUCUGCUUGUCCAGUGGAAAUAACAGAAAAAAAUAAAACACUCAUUGACAAGGCUGCGGUUGUGGGGGACUGGUUGACCCAUGAUCAGGUCCUGGCCAAGAUGAAAAAUGCCACCAGUUCUGGCAGCCCAGAUGUCAUGACAUGUGAAGACGGGAACACACUUGCCUGUUACUUGGUGGACGAUGGGGGAUUUCUUGUGGCUGCUAAUAUUGAAAGCCCUCUUCAGCAGAUUGGACGUUUCUUCGGAGAAGUUGACCCAGCCAUUUUUAACAAACUAAAUGGGACAGUUUUUUUCAAAGCCAUUCAGCAUGACUUUCAAGCCACUUGUCCAGUGAAAAAAGAUGAAGUUAGUGCAGGAUUUAGAAGUUUCACUGUACCCACAUUGAAUUUGUUAUUUGAUGUAUUAUCUGCUGGAUGGUGGACAAGUAAAGUAUCUUGGUUAUAUGCCAGUUUCAAUUUGUAUAGUUGGCUGUUUUCUCCUGCUGUAGAGGUCUAUGCAAAAGAAGAAAGCAAUGACAGAGCAUGUGUGAUAGAGAUGAAGCAGUUCUACAUCAACAACUCAAUGCCUCCGUACACAGACUCAGCUGACUGUGGGAACUGCACUCGCAACUUCACAAGCAUCAAGCUCCCAGAGAGUAACCUGCUCCUGAUUGUCUCCACUGUCUGCCCACACUGUGAGGGUUUGUAUCCCAUCAUUUCACAAUCUCCGUCAGAGCUCUCUCAAGGGGAAGAGGAAGAACUCAUUUGUAGAAUGGCCCAAAACCCACGGAUGCGAGCUCGUUCUUACAAGUGUUAUCACAAAGAUGUUAAGGAGAAUACAGCAGAGUGUGGCUGUGGAAGUUUGAAGGUCAGCUACUUGUCAGUGUUUGGUCUCAUCAUCUUGACAUUUCAGCUUUUCAAGUAAAUAUGCUCUGGUCUAAACGUCAGAGAAACUAAGGAGGUCUGGCGCUCUUCAAGUAAAUAUGCAGAACAAAUUAUUUAAACAUUGUUUCUCUCCUUGGUUUGACUUUUCAAAUCUAGAGGUCACUGCUCUAGAGGUCACUGUUCUCCAUGCAUCCCCUGCCUCAUUGUAUGACCCCAAAAAGUUUGCUUCUAAAUCAACAGACUGAGUAUUCCUAACUUUUCCAGGUGAAGAAAUGUAUUGAUGUGGUUUCUUGAAGCCAUUGCUACAAAAUAAUAUUGCUAGCUCAAACUUGUAUGCUCUUGGUUCCAGACAAGUUUGAUCUUUUGCUAGAUGCAACACUUUUAGUACAAGAUCUUGUUUGAUCUUGUGCUAGAUGCAACACUUUUAGUACAAGAUCUUGUUUGAUCUUGUGCUAGAUGCAACACUUUAAGUACAAGAUCUUGUUUGAUCUUGUGCUAGAUGCAACACUUUUAGUACAAGAUCUUGUUUGAUCUUGUGCUAGAUGCAACACUUUUAGUACAAGAUCUUGUUUGAUCUUGUGCUAGAUGCAACACUUUUAGUACAAGAUCUUGUUUGAUCUUGUGCUAGAUGCAACACUUUUAGUACAAGAUCUUGUGCUAGAUGCAACACUUUUAGUACAAGAUCUUGUUUGAUCUUGUGCUAGAUGCAACACUUUUAGUACAAGAUCUUGUUUGAUCUUGUGCUAGAUGCAACACUUUUAGUACAAGAUCUUGUUUGAUCUUGUGCUAGAUGCAACACUUUUAGUACAAGAUCUUGUUUGAUCUUGUGCUAGAUGCAACACUUUUAGUACAAGAUCUUGUUUGAUCUUGUGCUAGAUGCAACACUUUUAGUACAAGAUCUUAUUUGAUCUUUUGCUAGAUGCAACACUUUUAGUACAAGAUCUUAUUUGAUCUUUUGCUAGAUGCAACACUUUUAGUACAAGAUCUUAUUUGAUCUUUUGCUAGAUACAAUGCCUUUAGUGCAAGAUCUUGAGGUGCCAAUGGAAAAGUAGAGCAUUUAGAUCCACUCCAAAUUUAAUUCUUGUGUUUUUUUGUCUGAAGCAAUGUUUGAGCCUGUCUUUUGUUUGUCUGAAGCAAUGUUUGAGCCUGUCUUUUGUUUGUCUGAAGCAAUGUUUGAGCCUGUCUUUUGUUUGUCUGAAGCAAUGUUUGAGCCUGUCUUUUGUUUGUCUGAAGCAAUGUUUGAGCCUGUCUUUGUCUGAAGCAAUGUUUGAGCCUGUCUUUUGUUUGUCUGAAGCAAUGUUUGAGCCUGUCUUUGUCUGAAGCAAUGUUUGAGCCUGUCUUUGUCUGAAGCAAUGUUUGAGCCUGUCUUUGUCUGAAGCAAUGUUUGAGCCUGUCUUUGUCUGAAGCAAUGUUUGAGCCUGUCUUUGUCUGAAGCAAUGUUUGAGCCUGUCUUUUGUUUGUCUGAAGCAAUGUUUGAGCCUGUCUUUGUCUGAAGCAAUGUUUGAGCCUAAUGGCUGUGUUCUGUGAUAUCACCUGGUCCCAAGUGGGCCAGCACUCAGCUGAGAAAAUAUUUUCUUUAACCCUUUAUUGCUGUCAUUAUUUUAUAUCCACCUUCAUAAAAAAAUAUGUAUAUAGUUUCAUAUUUAUGUUUUAAAAUAACAGAGACAAUAAUAGUGUAAAAACAAACACAAAAAUUGUAUAUUCAUGGUUGUUUUUUCUUGAACUUAGUCAGCUUUUUAAAACAAGGUUUCCAUAAAAGAUGUUGUUUUUAGUUUCAAUUAACUACUGAUAAACCCAACUUCUCAUUUAGCUCGUAUUGAUCACUUCAGUAACACUUUUUAUUUGUUCCAAUAUCAAUAACUCAAUAACAAAACAAAAUAUUUGAAUCAAGGUCAAACACAAUUUCUUAAUGUAACAAAUGUGUCUUUUGUAAAAAUGUUUUAUGAUCAUUGUUGUGGUAUGACAUUUUGUAUUUCAAGCUGAUGUAGCAUCAUUACAACACAGUGUAAUAUGGG